UGCUCUGCCCUGUUCUUUUAUAUAACAUGUGGAUCAGUCUUGCUCUCCUUAACAGCAACCACCGACACUCUGCAACUGCAGUUUCUUCUACUGAUCACAAGCCAGCCAUGAUGAUUCUUCAGGUCACGUUACUUCUCCUCCUCCGUGCGGCGACCGGCUCCCAGCUCGACGCUCUGGCCGCGUCGUGCUCCGGCUCGCGAACCUUCGCCGCCGAUAGCUCCUUCGCCAGCAACCUCCAGAGCCUGAUGUCCCUCCUGGAGACCAAGGCCCCGGCCAUCGGCUUCGACAUCGGCACGGCAGGCGGCCGCGGCGACCAACGCGUGCACGGCCUGGCCAUCUGCCGCGGCGACAUUCCCAGGGCGAGCUGCGCCGAGUGCAUCCGCUCCGCGACGGGCCAGGCCCAGCGCCUCUGCCCAUCCAAGAAGGAAGCCGUCCUCUGGCUCGACGGCUGCAUGCUCCGCUACUCCGGAGAGCCGUUCUUCGGCGAGGUCGACGCCGACCACGUCACAUUCGUCCCUGAAGCUGCGGGCAACAGCGUGAUCCAGAGCGCAGCGACAACAUCGGCCGAUCUCGACAGGGAAGUCGCGGCCAUGAUGAAGAGGCUCACGAGGACGGCGUACCUCUCGCCGCUGCUGUUCGCGGCCGAGGCGGGCGGCGGGUCGAAGCAGCAUAGGCUGCACGGACUCGCGCAGUGCACCAAGGAUCUGUCCGGCGGCGACUGCAAGCUCUGCCUCGAAGCCGCUAUUGGUAGACUGGCGGCGAGGGGAUGCGCCAAGGAGGGAGGGCAAGUAUUCGGUGGAAGCUGCAGCUUGCGGUAUGAGGUGUAUCCGGUUUUUGAUUCCUAGGUUGGUGCCUUCAAUCGUUGUUUUGUAAGCUGUAAUUAACGUGUGAGGUUACCAUGUCCAUAUUGUUCAUACAAAUUCUCGUGUAUACGUGCAAAUACAAGAAAGUGCGAUUUCUGCUUCAA